GUUGAGGGAGUAGAAAGGUCUCGGCCACAUCGGCCAGCACCGGCUACGAUCGGCUACGAUCGGCUUGGCUCUGUUUGCUGCGCGGGAAGGAGUGCCCUUGCCUCAUCCAAACAGAGCGGCAGAGCGUCACUCCGUCACCUUGGCAACGAGACGCACAGGCUCGAGCCGGAGUCAGUGGCGGUUUGGAGCCGGCCCUGAGGAAUCGUAUCAUGUCGCGACCUAAGACUCAAAAUUACAAGGUCCAUGGAUUGCCAAAGGGAAAAGAGCGAGAGCAGAGAGCAUCAAUCCGGUUCAAGACCACUCUCAUGAAUACUCUCAUGGACGUCCUUCGCAACAGGCCAGGAUGGGUGGAAGUGAAGGAUGAAGGGGAGUGGGAUUUCUACUGGUGUGACGUCAGCUGGCUCCGGGAGAACUUCGACCACACCUACAUGGAUGAGCAUGUGCGGAUCAGCCACUUCCGAAACCACUACGAGCUGACCCGCAAGAACUACAUGGUAAAGAACCUGAAGCGGUUCCGGAAACAGCUGGAACGUGAGGCAGGAAAGCUGGAGGCAGCCAAGUGUGACUUCUUCCCCAAAACCUUUGAGAUGCCAUGCGAGUAUCACCUGUUUGUAGAGGAGUUUCGCAAAAACCCGGGAAUCACCUGGAUCAUGAAGCCUGUAGCCCGGUCGCAGGGGAAGGGCAUUUUCCUUUUCCGGAGGCUUAAGGACAUCAUGGACUGGAGAAAGGGCACCGCUGGGAAGAAGCUCACCAGCUUGGAGGCCCAGCCCUCCCGGAGCGCCAUCAACCCCUCUGGCAGCCACGACACAAGAAGCUCUGAAGAUCAGAAAGAUGAAAUUCCAGUGGAGAACUAUGUAGCUCAGCGUUACAUCGAAAAUCCCUACCUGAUAGGAGGCCGGAAGUUUGACCUGCGUGUCUACGUGCUGGUGAUGUCGUACAUCCCGCUGCGGGCCUGGUUAUACCGGGAUGGCUUCGCCCGAUUCUCCAACACCCGCUUCACACUGAACAGCAUCGACGACCAGUAUGUUCACCUCACCAACGUCGCCGUGCAAAAGACAUCUCCCGACUACCACCCAAAGAAGGGCUGCAAGUGGAUGCUGCAGCGCUUCCGGCAGUACCUGGCAUCCAAGCACGGGCCCGAGGCCGUGGAGACACUCUUCAGCGACAUGGACAACAUCUUCGUCAGGAGCCUGCAGAGCGUGCAGAAGGUGAUCAUCAGCGACAAGCACUGCUUUGAGCUCUAUGGCUACGACAUCCUCAUCGACCAGGACCUCAAGCCGUGGCUCCUGGAGGUCAAUGCGUCCCCAUCCCUGACGGCCAGCAGCCAGGAGGACUACGUGCUCAAGACCUGCCUCCUGGAAGAUACCCUGCAUGUCGUGGACAUGGAGGCCCGACUCACAGGACGGGAGAAGCGAGUGGGAGGCUUUGACCUCAUGUGGAACGAUGGCCCUGUCAGCAGAGAAGAGGGAGCUCCCGACUUGUCAGGAAUGGGGAACUUUGUGACCAACACGCACCUUGGUUGUGUCAACGAUCGGAAAAAACAGCUGAGGCAGCUGUUCCGCUCCCUUCAAGGCCAGAAGAAAGCUUCCAACUAAUCCCCAAUGCGGAGGGGAGAAACCCUGGAGGUGCCGAACCAGUCCUUGCUCUGCUCCCAGUUUCCAGCACAGCAGCACCUCCAAGCACUCGCCUCCCUCCCUCCGGCCUGGCAGGUGCUUGCUGCCGGCCCCCCGGAUGCCCCCACCCCACCCUGGGCAUCUUGCCCCAGCAGAGAGCCUAUCCCCGGGACUGGAUAGAUUUUAACCUCAACAGAUUGGCUGGCUUGGCGAUCAGGCCCAACAAGGACAAAUGCUGCAAGUUCUGCUGCCCCUGAGAGAUUGUAUCUAAUAAAGGAACACAGACCCCUUUCAGAGAAUCUUAGGCUCCAGGCUUGGCUCAGAGGGUGCUGUCGGCCAAGUCUUCUGAGGUCUCUCAGGGGGCCAGGGAUCCUCCAGGAGCAAGGGAACUCGUCGCAAGCUGCGUUUGCAAAGCAAGCAGUUACUAGAUUGUGCAUUUACUGCAGGUUUGGGGAAGGACUGAGCUCCAAACACAUCCUGCCAUCCUUGUCUGGGGAACCCACUGAGUGCCCCCAACCACCUAAAACCAGUGAGCCAGAGCAUCCCCAUUUCUCAGGUGGACAAGGUAAGGAUCAGGAAGGCAGAGCUGCUUGGUGAGGGUCUCUGCAAAUGUGAGCUUCUCUAAGUCAGCUGGGUGACCUAGGUGCCUCUCUGGGCCUUCCUGUUUGAGCCUGGGAGCCAAGCUCUUUAGCCCAGAAAGCCUUGAGCUGGCAGGCAAAGAGAAGGCUUGGGGAGUCAGGCACAAGUAAAAAUGCAUUUUCCACAUUCCUACACCUCCUCUUGGCUUACGAGGGCCUCCUGCCUCCAGUGUGGGGACUUCCCUCCAAGCCUCUGAGUGGGGCAAGUCCCGGCAACCCCAGGCAUGGGUUCCAAGUCUCUAGGAGAAAGAAUCUGACAGGCCUUGCAUCCACGGGGCCACACAGGCAGAGGUAACGUGCAGACAGAGCAACUGUGAGCCAGGCAGUCACAUCAGACAGUAUCUUCCAAAGUAAAUGACACAACUCCCUGCUUUUUUAAGUUUUUAUUUAAAAAUAUGCACUAUAACAGCAACAUGUCCCCUCGCACCCUUGUGUCCCAAACAUGCAAAUUUCUAUUCUGAGGGAACCACAUUCAUUGUUUGCACACAAAUUACGAGCUUAUUAGACAUUGUCCUUGCUUCUCAAUGUACUGUAUCUUGAAGUUUGUUCAAAAGCAGUGCUCAAAGUGUCUUCAUCCUUGAAUACAGCUGUAUAGUAUUCCACUGUUUAGAAUUCUUAAUGUCUUAAAUCUAUUGUGGACAUUUAGUUUCCAAGUCCACCUGCCUACUUAGGGAUAUCAUGGGGAAAACCUAGCAGUUUCUACUAAGAAAUCUCAAGAGAAGGCAAAAUCAUAGGUCCGGACCAAAAAGCUCAUGUAAAGCAUUUUGUUUGGCCAAUACCCAAGCUUUAAAAAAGUUUCUGAAUUAAUCAGCAAUAGUUAAAAAACAGAAAACUCAACUUAAAAAUCCAAUUUCUAGAUUCAAGAAAACCUAAGACCAUGCCAGCCUGUGUCCCCAUAUAACUAGUGGCUGGACCCACAUGGAAUGCCCUUUCGGUUUCACCAUCAUCUGCUGUUUCUGCCUGUCUAAUCCUGACAUCAUUUCAAGGAGGAAUCACUGCCCCUCCAUAGACGGCACCCUAAAUGGAGUGGCAGGCCCUCAACUGAGGACCAAACGAGGUGAACACUAGCAGCUGCUAUUCAUUCAUUUCGGUAACAUUUACUGAGACCCAGGCACACGAACGCCACCUCUCAGGGCACAUUCACCUUAGGGUCAUAGACCCUGAAGGCAGAAGGGAACUGUGAGCAGCACUGGCCCAGACCUGCUUUCAGAGCCGGUGGGGGUGCAUCUUGGACAACGGAGCAGCAGUGCAGGACUCUGCAAGGCCUUCCUGACUAAAGAGCAGCUGCAACAGGCUGAGAAGCAGCAUCACUCUGGGCUCUGUCCUGGGGACAAGCAGGAAAAUGGGCCAAAGUGGAGGCGGCCGGGGUGGAGGUGGGGGGCUGGUAUCUGCCCCACAGAUGGCUCUGGGGAACCACGGAGCCCCUAGAGUCUGUCCUUCAUUCAGAAGCCACCUGUGAGCCUCCUGCUUUAUCCAAUUCCGUUACACAUGCUGCUUGGAAACGUGUCUCCCCCUUUCUGAGAGGAAUGCCGGAAUGACGCUCCCACUCUUCUGCCCUGCCAGGCCCAGCUAACAGCAGGCUGUUGUUGAGAAGUGCCUGAUGCAGUCAUUCUCACACCCCCAUGGGCACUGCCCCCACCCACCUACUGGUGGCCGCCAGGGCCUGUCAAUGCGUCUUGUGUCCAUCCAGCCCCAGCGGUCAGGCCCGGCAGAUACUGGCAGGCUGAGGGUUCCCUCCUGUCAUCACCAAGUAGCCAAGUGCUACAGACAAAGAAGCUUCGUACGGGGGCUAUGGCCAGAUUCACACCUGUCCCCUUGCAGGGCAGAUCCUGGACUUGCAGGUUUCAAAGCUGGAGAGUCCUGGGUCUUCCACCAUCCCAGGGUGGGGAGUGGGGGGCAGGCUGGUCUUAGGUCCCCCAUCUUGGUUCUUAAGUUUCAUCCUUUCAAGAUGAUCUUGAGAGCUUUAAGCUCAUCCUGGUUGAGGGGGCUCAGGUUAAAACCCUUCAGCUCCGGUUUGCCUACGGGGAGAAGACAACUCAUCAGACAGCCGGGCCUCCUGUUGUCCAACCUACUGGCCCUGGAGGUCUGACAGAGACGGGCCUCAAAUUCUACAACACACGGAACGACACGCAUCGACUUCCACUCCUUAGUCACCAAGAACCUGCAGGGUCAUGAGUGCUGCCCAGGAACCUUGAGAUGUCUGCUGAACUGUGACCAAUCCGGAGUGGUUAGGUUUCCCUAGAAAUUCAGCUCUAACCUGGACCGCCUGACGGAGACCUUCUGACCCUCAGUCAGAGCUACCCGGGUCCCCCACACUGCAGCCUGGCAUGAAAUGUGAGAUACCCCAGGCCACUCCUGGCGCCUGGAAAAAAACCUGCGACAGGAGUAAAACCCCACAAACUUCCUGCCCAUGCCGUCUCUGGACAGCUCAAGACAACCCUGCCCACAGCCCACAGCCUCAGUACCACUCCCGGCCGUCUGGGCCACUGCCCACCUGCAGGGGCUCCCUGCCCAGCCUUGCCUUCCAAGUCCGUGUUGACGGUGGCUUCCCCUCCCAGUCUCCAGCCCCAGCCCCCAGGCCAAUACCUUGGGCUUCAAAGAGGCGGUUGACCUUCACUUUAAGUUGUUUCCGGAGUCUCUCUAUUUCUUUAUUCAGAUGGUCCUGAUCUGAAAAAAUGAGAAUGGCAAACAAGAUGAGGUUAUGCUACAGACAGAUUCAAGGAUGCCAGCCUCCGCCCAACCCCCCUGAGAGCACGAGGUCUCAGCAUGCGGGAAGGAAAAGGGGGCCUCGGAGACCACUUGAGGAAGAAACCAAAGGCUAGAGAAGGGACACUGAGUGGGUCCAGACCAGGGCUGAGCACACCAGCCUCGGGACUCGAGGGUCACCUUGUUUUCAUUACGCAAAGGACCCUGGCCAGAGGAUGGGGAAGGCAACCCCAGGAUUUUAGGUCAUCCUCCCAAAGUGAAAUUAUGGAAAAGGCAAAUGUUAGGAUCAAAAAGAACCUAGACCCAGCCUACCCUAAGAUGGAUGGAAAACAGGUAGCUGAGAAUUUUAUGGACCCACGUCCAGCAAGGGGAGGAGUUUUCACAAAGGCAGGAUUGUGGUAACUGCGACCUGGACGUUCAGCCCAAUCCACGCUAGUGAAGACAAGGCCAUCUUAGCACAUGGACCGCACCAGAAGGCAGAUGCGUUGUGAGAAGUGCAACCAGCUGGCGCCACCCAACCAACCCCACCUGCUCCGUUUUCACUCGCUCAUUCUGGCCAGCUUGUCUUCCCCCACAGACUUUCAUUCUUCUGAUGGGGGUGGGGGAAAGCCCUGACCAGCCGAGCCUUCUGGCCUGGGCAGUGGUUCGGGUUCUUGUUGUAAAUGAGUAACCACAGUCUUGCACAAGCUUGUUUAGCCUGCGUCCAUCCCUGAGAAGCAGAGAUGAUGAUGUCUCGGAACCCCCUGGGUUAGUGACAAGAUCACAUCUCGACCAAGAGAGCCAAGGACCCAACCCUGAGCCCAGGCAGGCCAUGCCCUCUGAACGUUCAGUCUACCUGGCCUCCAGCCUCUACCCUCGUGCAAUGACAGCUCUUAGUUUUAUAACCAUGACAUCAGUGUAUGUUUUUCAGUGGGGUGGCUGGAAGCAUCUCCUCCGAACUGACCUAGUUUCCUUUGCUAGAAUUUCAACAGGGACAGACACCCUGUCCUCAGGGACAGAGGCAACCUUGCCGGUCCUCCUGGCCCACAUGUUUUCGCAGGGGGCGGGAACAUGUGUAUCCUGCCCAGACAAGGAACCAUUUGCAGCCUGACCUUUUGCAUUUAUGAUGCUUCUCCAAGGAGCCUCCAGGAUUGUGGUUGUGAAAUUUGAGUAUCAUGAGGUGUGUACCCAGGCUGUGGCACAUCCUAGAGGUUCACUGUCCCCAAACCUCCAUUUUCAACCCAGUCACUACUGCAGGGGAUGUGAGAAAGCAAAGCUCCUCUGCCAGGCUCCCUGGCAGCUAUGGGUGGCCGUGGGCCUUAGUUCUGGCCAAUGAGGUAUCAGCAGAAGUCCCUGAGGAGGAUGGCCUUAUUUCCGAAAUAGAAAGCAGGGGAGUUCCCACUGUGGCUCAGCGGUAACAAACCCAACUAGGAUCCAUGAGGAUGUGGGUUCCACCCCUGCCUUGCUCAAGGGUUAAAGAUUUGGCAUUGAUGAGAGCUGUGGUGAUGUAGGUCGCAGACGUGGCUUGGAUCCCACGCUGCUAUAGCUGUGGCAUAGACCAACAGCUGUGGUUCCAAUUUGACCCCUAGCCUGGGAACUUCCACAUCUUGAGGGUGCAGCCCUAAAAAGAAAACAAAACAAC